CAUUUAGCGCCUCUGCCCAGCGCCAUGCCAAAACCGUCUGCGGCAGCCUAAAGAGGCCGUCGACGCUACUGUCAGAUGCUUCACAACGAUGAAAUUUCUGGCGCGCGCAGCGAUGACGGUCUUCGAGACAGACGAUCGAGAGUCGCUCGGUGCAAUUUCACCCAAUUUGCGGAUCCCACGCUUCUGCCACAGCGGGCAUCCCUGAGCCGAGUGACGCGACGUCGAUGUCGGGCUCGAUGUCGACGCUCAGCGCGCACCUCUCACGGUUUCCUUGGCGAGGGGGUUGCCCGCUGCAGACAUGGCGUGUGCCGCUAUGUCUCGCUUCUGUCCCUCAGACGCGAGGAGUAGCAGCAGAUGCACCAGCAAGGCGGGCAGCGGGAAGCAAAAGCCGGCCAAGGCGCAGCAAGGGCAGCAAGGGCAGGGGAAGGGAGAUCCUGACGAGAGAUGAGGCCAUUUCGAUGGGGAGUGUGACCAAUGAGGAGGGCAAGGAAGAGAAAGCGGCCGCUGCUGAAGAAGGAUACCGUGCUGCCGAGCGAGAGACAGACAGGUUGGCAGAUGUUGUGCGCAUUACCCGGAACACCCGUGAUGGAGCGUCAUCAUCGGCCCAAAGCAGGGCGAUCUCACUCGAUGAGGGUGGACUGAGCGUGAAGGAAUGGCCGAUCCGACGUUGAGGUAGGCAGUUUCAAUGGGCCUGCCGGACUCUGAAGUCAAAAGUCCGGGACACUGGCAUGAGGAGCGUUUCGCAGGCGCGGGAGGGACGAUUAAGUUCUGUGCAGCUCAACGG